AUCAGGAUCUGAUUGAGGAAGGAUUUGCUUUCCAGCUCAGUAUUUGGAAGGCAGAUAAAAUGCCAGGUCUGGGUUGCCUCUAGGGAUAACCUUCCUCCCUUAUAAUGUGAAUGAACAGCAUCUCAGCUUGGGAGAUACGCAUACAAUUCACUAGCAGGCUCAAGAAAACCAGUGUAGGCCUAUUCGUCGUCGUCUUCUUUUUUUUUCAGUGGUUUUGGGUUAUUGUCACCCCUCCCUCCCCUCUCCUCUCCAUCCUUCUGUGGUUUUUCUUUUCAGUUUUAUGUCAUUUUUUUUUCAUUUGUCAAGGGGUGCUUCUUGGAAUAUUAAACCUCCAUGUACGACAAUUUGUACCUGCAUGGAUUCGAAGACUCGGAGGCGGGUUCAGCAGACUCCUACACUAGCAGGCCGUCUGAUUCCGAUGUCUCUCUGGAAGAGGACCGGGAGGGAGUCGGGCAGGAGCGAGAGCAGCAGGCAGCACUGCAGCUGGAAAGGGCCAAGGCCAAGGCGGUAGCGUUCGCAGUGAAGACCAAUGUCAGUUACUGCGGCGCCCUGGAUGAGGAUGUACCGGUAGCAGGCACUGGCAUUUCCUUCGAUGCCAAGGACUUUCUACACAUUAAAGAGAAGUACAACAAUGACUGGUGGAUAGGACGCCUGGUGAAGGAGGGCUGUGAGAUUGGAUUUAUACCAAGCCCCCUCAAACUGGAGAACAUCCGAAUCCAGCAGGAACAGAAAAGGGGGCGCUUCCACGGUAAGUCCAGUGGAAAUUCCUCUUCAAGUCUAGGAGAGAUGGUCUCUGGCACGUUCAGAGCUACACCCCCCUCCGCAGCAAAGCAGAAACAGAAAGUGACAGAACACAUUCCUCCAUAUGACGUGGUUCCCUCCAUGAGGCCCGUGGUUCUGGUCGGCCCGUCGUUGAAAGGAUAUGAGGUGACAGACAUGAUGCAGAAAGCUCUCUUUGACUUCUUGAAGCACAGGUUUGAUGGAAGGAUAUCUAUAACAAGAGUCACUGCAGACAUUUCUCUUGCAAAGCGGUCUGUGCUCAACAACCCCAGCAAGAGAGCCAUCAUUGAGCGGUCAAACACCAGGUCUAGUUUAGCUGAGGUGCAGAGUGAAAUAGAAAGAAUUUUCGAGUUGGCACGGUCGCUCCAGUUAGUAGUUCUGGAUGCUGAUACCAUAAACCACCCAGCACAGCUUAUCAAGACAUCUUUAGCACCUCUUAUCGUCCAUGUCAAAGUGUCAUCACCAAAGGUUCUGCAGCGAUUGAUAAAAUCCAGAGGAAAAUCCCAAAGCAAACAUCUGAAUGUCCAGUUGGUGGCCGCUGACAAGCUAGCACAAUGCCCUCCGGAAAUGUUUGAUAUAAUUUUGGAUGAGAACCAGCUGGAAGAUGCUUGCGAACACUUGGCCGAGUACCUGGAAGCUUAUUGGCGUGCCACACAUGCCCCCAGUAGCACUCCCCUGAACCCUCUGCUGGGGCGGAACCUGGGCUCCACAGCGCUCUCCCCGUAUCCUGCAGCUAUCUCUGGGUUACAGGGCCAAAGAAUGAGGCACAACAACCAUUCAGGAGACCACUCCCCAAUUGAGCGUCGGAGCCUGAUGACCUCAGACGAGAACUACCACAGCGAGAGGGCAAGAAAGAGCCGGAACCGCCUGUCCUCGGGCUCCCAGCACAGCCGGGACCACUACCCGCUGGUGGAAGAAGAGUACUCCGACUCCUACCAGGACACGUACAAACCACACCGCACCCGCGGCUCUCCUGGCGGCUACAGCCAUGACUCAAGGCACAGGCUUUGAGUUUAAAGGAAACCUGCUAGGCCUCUCCUCUCUACAACCCAGUACUGAAGAGCUAAGACAGUCCUGUCCAAAUCAUGUGACUUUGCCAAGUGUAAUACCUCGUUUCCCUCUGACACUGGCUCAUCUACACACGGUAUUGACCUGUGGACAAAUCCAAGAAUACCAGUUUCGGUUGAGUUACACAUGGGAGCCAGACAUUUCUAUCCCUGGCUUUUGGGUGUCCUGGAAAUAGAAUUGUCUGUUGUGUUGUGUUGGCUUGUAACAAAGGUUACAAAUGAUUGUGAUGGAAUUUACAAUUCCAGGUUUGUUUUGCAGAGCUAAGCGCUCUGGAAUUCCAUUGUAGCCAGCACUCGGCUGGGCUUAAAAAUAAGGCCAAACGGACCUGUGUUCCAACACACAUUGAGCCAGUGCCAGUGUGAUGGAAAAGCUCCCACACAGAUGCAUCCUGUGAUAAACGCAUGCUAUGCGGAGCACAUGGAAAACGGGGUAUAACACCAUCUUAACAUCCUUAAUUGAUUUAAAAUUCUCUUCAUUUGAAGUUUAGUAUUCUCUGUAAUCUGUAAGGCAAAGCUUGCCAAACCUUUGAAUGAACUGUAAGGGGGUUUUGACCCUUCCCCCCCCCGCUAUACUUUCUACUAUUGAAUAUAUGUAGUGCCAUGUUACUAUUAUCUGGCUUGAGAAACCCUGUUGGUUCCCACAGGAAAACAGAACAUAGCCUGCCAUCUACAGUAAUCCAAGUGCCAAGCACUUGGCUGAACCAGCAGAUGCUUUGCUUUGUUACAGCCAGCUGGUGGACAGUACUACGUCCCAAGCAAAACCCAAUGCGUUCAGACCUUCACCUUCUAUAACACGUUAAAAGGAAGGAACAUACAAGCUGUUGGACAGCCCUACUAUAUGAUGUAGAAUUUUUAUUCAGAUCGGUUCAAUUUUGUUGAAACAGUCAUGCUGUGUGGUGAUUAAAUGGGGUGUGACAUUGGUGGCGCGGUGCUGACAUGUAACGGAAUGAUUCAUACCUCCCUGUGGAUUGACGUCAUUUGCAUCAAAUUCUUUCUCUUCGUAGCUGCCAUGUGUCCUGCGCUGCAGUGCAGGGUUAUGUUUUAUGAAUGAAACCCGGUUUGACUAGACUGGAGGAGGCUGUGGCUUGCCUCAAGGCUGCAGGGAAUUAACCUACAUAAAUAUUAGAAGGGGUGUUACAGUAUACAUACCAUGAAUUUGGGAAGACGGAGAGAUCUUCCCGUAGAAUGUAGGCUAGUUCAAACCACAAAGGCUAGAUUCGUUUUUGGUCUCUGUUCGCAUUGAUGCCAACAAACUUUAGACUUGUACAGUACGCCGUUUCUGCUCGCCAGCUGUAGGGGUUCAGGGGAAACGGGUCGUGACCCCAGCGUGCGCCCCAGGCUCCGAGGAGCCCCAUAGAGUACAGUACACUUAGGCUUUGAUGUCAGUCCUUUCCUAUGGUUGAUGCUGCUUGUUGUCUGUAAGACCCAAAAGCCAGGGUGUGAACAUUUCCUACUUUAACCUUCAGAUGGUCAACCUUAUUGUAAAAAUGAAUUGACCAAUACACAAGUAGAGGGUAUUGGGAGCCUCUAGGUUGAUGUCCAAGGGUUGAAGGGUUAACAAACACUCCUUGACUUCAGUGUUGCUGCCUCCUGUGCAUAUGGUGGUGUUGUACAUUUCUACUCAAACACUAUUCUUUUUUGUAUUUUAUAUCCGCAUUCCCUGGGUCGUUAAUUGUGAGAUUACUCCCAAGAUAAUUUCCCUGGCUGCCGCCCGGACUGUUUUCUAAGGCCAUCUCAUUUGAAGGCCAUGUUGCAGUGUGUUUCCACAAUGGAGGAUGAUGAAGAUGCAGGGGCACAGGAACUAGGGGUGCUGGGGGUGCGGCACCCCUGGCUUGAAGUACAGGGGUGCUGUGCACCUGUUGGUGUAAUGAUGAAUCCUGCUAGUUUCGUUAAUCUUAUAAACUGUGUGUGCAGUGCACUGUGCCUUUCUAGAUUGCUUUUGAACACAAAUGAUAAUAGACCAAUCAGCGCUGACUGUCACAACAGGAGCGGGAUAUCUGAUAAAUUCUACGAUUGCAAUCUCACGAGAGUCGGUUAGUAGUUGGAACCCAUGAGAAGCUUGUACACAGUAGAACAGUGAUUUGAAAGUGUCCCAAAAAAGAAUAUCACAUAAGUUUGUAAAUUCUCAGCGGCACCACCUGCUAAAAUCAGCUUGUCACAAUUGCAGCUAACUGGAUGGUGCUGCUUUGUGGAGCAAUAUUAAAAACACACGACACAGUGACAUUGUGACUGUGUCGUUGUCUACAACGUCUAUUGUAAAUAAAAUACAGCUGCUCCACCUGUUUUUACAAGUAAACAUUUCUAAAUUGCAGUAUUGAAGUGCAUCAUAACAGUAUGCUCUGCUUCUUUGUUUGUUUGCUCUGAACGUUUUAUGGUAAGCAUGUUGUAAACAUUGUAGCAAGGACUGUGGCUAAAGCAUUUUUUCCUUCAGUAGAUAAAAAGGUGUUGGUGUUGAUGCUGCUUCGUUUUAUUACCAUGUUUAACAUAACAGCAACCCAAUGCAUGGCUUCCAUCAUAUACAGGGGUUACAGUUAUGUUUCAGAUUGGCUUUCAGCACCCCCACUAUAAAACAUGGACGGUAGAGAAUGUGUUUGCAGUGUUAUAAAAGGUUUUAACGGUGCCAAGGGGCAUCCAUUGCUUGAAAUUGGCCAGGGCAUGAAGCAAAGCAUCCAAUCAACACUAUCUCAAGUCGAAUGUAUAGAGUGGUGACAUUGUUCUUUCUUAUGUUUGUGCACUUAGUGGCAACUCUGCUUUUUGACACGAAAAAUAAGUGAAAAUGAGCUGAACCUUUUGAUGUGCAUUGCUGUACGGCAACAGUGUUUGUGUUUCCUGUUCUCAUAGAACACCUUUCUUUAUUACAUUUUUUUUUUUUUUAUAGUGACCUCCUUUUUUUCAAUAGCCUUGUUGAAAAGUCUUCCAUGUCAUGUAAAGAGAAAUAGUCUGUCGACACAACUGCGGCGACACUGCCUGAAUGAUAUCACUUCCCCCCUGUAUUAGGCUAAUGUGACUACUUGUCAGCUUUACUAUUGUAUGUGGUGAAAUGCAUUUAAAAUGUGAUGUUAGAGAUACAGGCUUUUAAUGCAUUAAGGUAAAACAGUUGAUGUAUGCCGAGUUGCCCAAAUUGCUAGAUUUACCCACCUGUUCCUAGUCUUAUCUAACCUUUUAUUCUUUAUCUGCAUACUGUUCAGUAUUGAUCCCAGACAGAAGGAAUUCAACUGCGGUGAAAUAAUUCUCCAAUAUGAUUUAGUGCAGGUGAAAUAACUUGACUCUUAGUUUCUUGAGCUUGUGUUAAGAGCCACACUAGUUGAAUUACUGAACCUGUAUUAUCAAUUGUACUGUUAAUGCUUUUUAGACCUGCUUUUCCUCUGCUUUUGCUUGUUCUUUGCAGUCCUUUCUUCCCAGCUUCUAAUUACAGCUGCCAAAACUAAAUGACCAAUGCAGGAAGAUGCUGCCUUAAUCUAUGUGCAACUUGACAGAAACGUAUUUUCCACAGUUAAUAAUAUAUCUGGACACCUGGUUUGACUGGCUGCAGGAGGAUUGGUAUUGUUGACUGAGGGGUUUAACACCCUGUGUGUCUUUGCAUGUAUUUUGGUACAAUGUAUUUCUUACACAACUUUACGUGAAGUUACAAACGGCUUGAUUAAAUACUUUGGGUUUUAUUAUUUCAGGGGAUGAAACAUCUAGCAUCCAGAAUAAUAACCUAGGGAUAGGAAGGUGAAGGGACUAGGCAAGGAUGCUGUAUUCAAAACCAGGAGGAGCUCCCUGUGUUUUGCUCAAAUGACCAGAUCACCCUGCCUUCCAGUAAUAAAUGUGUUUUAGGAAUAGUUUCAUUAGUAUGCUAUGGUAAACAUGUUUUGCAAGGUUCUGAAGGGAGUUACCAGUGCCCCUUAAUUUCUAGAUGCUUGUUCCCUAUACUGGGAUGGAAGUACAGUUUGUUUAUCACAAAUCGUAUUCCUGUGACAAUCAGAGGCAUAUCCAUUGUGAAUGUCACCCAAGGAACACUGGAAUGAUCCAGUAUGGAAUAUUACCAUGUCUGUUAUUACAAGAAGAUUAUAGGAGCUCUGUUUUAAUAUACAAGACCUAUUUCCUCAGCAUCGGUUUUUCUUUUGUUUUUGGUAUGUAUGUUGUUAAAUGUAGUAUUGUUUCAGGAACCAGCCGGUUUUACUAAACAUGCCUGUUUGACCUGUUUCUAUGGCAUUGGUAUGGUGGUCAGUUUUACAACAGGUACACUUUGGGUAUCUGGUAAGACAUGAUGAGCAAAAUGAGACAGAGAAGUUUGAUCCACACUGUUUCUUUUUACUGAGAUUGUCAUAAUAAUCGCCUGUGUUCAGAAGAUGUAAUAUGCUUCUUCAAUCGAAAUAUUUUUGGAUGCAGUGACUUGCACUGCAAAUGCCUUGUUAGAGCAGUAUGGUUUUGUGUCAGCAAGCUUGCAGUAAAUCAUUUAGAUUUUGCUUUAUAAACUGUUUGGCAUAACAGAAGUCCCAAUGUUUGUCACUUACCUGUAUGCCUUACAUUUUAAAACCAUGUACACUGCUACCAAACUCUAGCAUUCAUCGCCUGCGCACGUGAUUAUUUUGGGGCUGUUAUGAAAUAUACAGCGUAAUUUCCCGUAUGAUACAAUGAUAAAUGUUGUUGUUUUUUUUUUCCUUCACCAAACAAUUCUGAAAUGUGGAUAAAGAGCACAUUCUGGAGUAGGGAUUGCACAAUGGUGAUAGCACAAACUUAGAAUAGAGAGUAAUUUGCCUGAGUUGAUUUUGGUGACAAAUAGGUAUUUACGGAGAUGGAAAUAAGUGUGUCUCUUAGACAUUAGAGCAAAGUGUAAUAUUUCUCUAGUCAAGCUCAAGGCAUUUGUCUUGAAAUGCGUAUUUUCUGUAACCCUUAAUUCUGAUUUACAUCUGCAUGAUGAUUAGAAAUACAUGUAUAUAGAAAUCUAUUUAAAUUAUUGCACCCCCCUUUCCUAACUUAAGUGUGCCGGUGCUAUAUGUUUGAAGCAGGUAUUUUCUAAAGGAAAUCACUUGCUUUAUGUUUGAAAGUCCUGCUGUAGAUAGAUUCUUUUUAUUUUAAUUUGUUUAUCGUUUUUUGUAGUGGUCAAACCUUUUCAGUGGGUGCAUAUUUAAAUUGCCACUGACCGUUCAAUAAUUCCUGCUUGAAUUUUUGGACCUCGGUUCAUGUUGUGUAUAUCAGAUCCACUGCUCCCAGCACUGCAUUAUUGCCAGCCGAUUAUUGCUGAUCCGGAGCUGCUGUUCCAUUUGCCUAAUGAUGCUUGGCACUAGGGACUGAGAGAUAAAAGCUAAUACAGAUUUUGCUUUUGCAACCCUAAACAAAAAAUAAACAAACAUAUUGUAUUAUUAAAUGAUUGAUUGUUCUACAUACAGUGUAUAUACUUACAAUGGAAUGAGACAUGCAGUGGUUUAUAACUGCACCAUGGUAUCGUUUACCUUUUUACUGCCCUUAUUUUGAUUUAGAUUACACUUGUGCAAGACACUUGUAUCCAGUGGGUAACACAGGGCCAUUUGCCCCCUGAACAAUGUACCUGUUGCAAUUUGCCACUUGAUAAUUGUUUUACACAUUGUUGGGUACAAAUUAUCAUGGAUGAAAGGUCCUGGGACUCUGAUGGUUGUGUGUGUUAAGUACAGCGGAACCUCUGAACUGUAUAGUGUAUGGCUCUCUCUCUCUCUCUCUCUCUCUCUCUCUCUGAAUUCCUUUGGAUUUUUUUUUCAUUAUCCACUCAUCCUGGCCAAGCACCAGUCAAAUGUUCUAGCCGUCCUCAUUAGAGAUACACACUGAGGCAUGGUAGAAGUUAUUAAUCUCAUGAAUGUGAACCUGGCACCUGGCCCAGUGUCACUCGGUAGAAUGUUUUCUUUACUUUGGUCUUACUCUUUAACACACAUGAAAAACCCCAAAACAAGUUGGACCCCAUAAUUCAGCUAUUGUUUAGGAGUUACGAUAAGAACCGGAUUGGACAGGUCUCCACUGCGGGACAAAAGUUAUUUGGCUUUUCUGAGACUCUUUCCACCUGGGAGAGGAUUGUUCUGAUGCUUGGUGAUCUCAGCUCUUAAGAGGGGAGUUGGUGGGUUGAGUACAAGUAACCAGGAUCUGUAUGUGCGGCACUGUUUGUUCAGGCCCAAUCCUUGGUUUAACCAGGCCACUGAAACAAAAAAAAAACCAAAAGAAAAUUGAAACACAGAAAAAAACAAGUGACUGUUUACAUACUACUAAUAUAUUUUCUUUCUUUCUUUACUUCCAGCACUUGCAUUACAUUCACCAGCUCUCUAAAGGUUAAUGAAUUAGGCAAUGUAUUUCUAAUUAUCUUCAAAGCACUACACUGCUAAAACUGAUUGGUCUUUUCCAUGAUUUUAUACACUGAAAAUUAAUAUUUUUCAAGUAUGCUACCACUAAAACACUGAUGAGAACUAAAGGGUCCUGUAUGCUAUGAAAUACAUCUCUGAGUACUGUAAGACUAGCCUGCCCAGCAGAAAACAAAUAUAUAUAUAUAUAUAUAUAUAU